ACCAUUCCAUCCAUCCUUCUGCAUCACUUACAUUCACUCUUUCACAUUUCUCCAUUCUUCUGCUUAUCUAUCCCAGUUCAUUAGCCCAAGUAAUACUAAUGGGUAGUCUUCCAUCUGAUAGCCUUGAGACAUUGUCAUUAGGUUCUCAAAACCCACUAGACCCUGAUGAGUUCAGAAGACAAGGUCACAUGAUCAUUGAUUUCCUGGCCGAUUAUUACAAAAAUGUUGAAAGUUAUCCAGUCAGAAGCCAAGUCGAACCUGGUUAUCUCAGCAAACGACUACCUGAAUCAGCUCCAAACGAUUCUGAAUCCAUAGAAACCAUUCUUCAAGUUGUCACAAAUGAUAUUAUCCCUGGUCUUACUCGUUGGCAGAGUCCAAAUUACUUUGCUUAUUUUCCUUCUAGUGGUUCUGUUGCCGGAUUCCUUGGUGAAAUGUUUAGUACUGGAUUUAACGUCGUUGGGUUCAAUUGGAUGUCAUCACCAGCUGCAACGGAGUUGGAAAGUAUUGUGAUGAAUUGGCUCGGACAGAUGCUUAACCUUCCGAAGUCUUUCCUCUUCUCAUCAGAUGAUAAUGCAGGAAGUUCAGGUGGAGGAGUUUUGCAAGGGACUACUUGUGAAGCCAUUCUAUGUACACUGACCGCAUCAAGAGAUAAAAUGCUGAACAAAAUUGGUAGAGAGAAUAUCAAUAAGCUAGUUGUUUACGCUUCUGAUCAAACCCAUUGUGCACUUCAAAAGGCUGCUCAAAUUGCUGGUAUAAAUCCUAAGAACUUCCGUGCUAUCCAGACGUCCAAGGCUACCGAGUUCGUGCUCUCUCCGGAUUCUCUCCAAUCAACAAUUUCCGCUGAUAUAGAUUCCGGGUUAGUUCCACUUUUUCUUUGUGCUACCGUCGGCACUACAUCAUCGACGGCAGUGGACCCAAUAGGGCCACUUUGCGAGGUUGCAAAGAAGUACGGUAUUUGGGUUCACGUAGAUGCUGCUUACGCUGGGAGUGCUUGCAUUUGCCCAGAGUUCAGGCACUUCAUAGAUGGCGUCGAGGAGGCAGACUCAUUUAGUCUUAAUGCACACAAAUGGUUCUUCACUACUUUGGAUUGCUGUUGCUUAUGGGUGAAAGACUCUGGCGCCCUGGUUAAGGCCUUAUCAACCAGCCCUGAGUAUUUGAAAAACAAGGCAACUGAAUCGAAACAAGUUAUUGAUUACAAAGAUUGGCAAGUAGCCCUGAGCAGAAGAUUUAGAUCAAUGAAGCUUUGGUUAGUACUUCGCAGCUAUGGAGUUGCUAACUUGAGAAGUUUCCUGAGGAGUCAUGUAAAGAUGGCAAAGUACUUUCAAGGGUUCAUUGGUAUGGACAAGAGAUUUGAAAUUGUGGUUCCUAGAACAUUUGCUAUGGUGUGUUUUCGAAUUAAACCAGCUGCCAUUUUCCCUCAAAAAGGUGAAAAUGCUGGGGAGAUUCACAUGAUAGAAAAUCAAAAGAACGAUAUCAAUGCAAAGUUGCUGGAAUCAGUCAAUGCGUCAGGGAAGAUAUAUAUGACUCACGCUGUGGUAGGAGGGGUGUACAUGAUUCGGUUUGCUGUGGGUGCUACUCUCACUGAGGAGCGACAUGUCACUUCGGCAUGGAAGGUCGUUCAAGAGCACACAGACACAUUACUUAGUGAAUUGAAUGGUAAUGGCAAUACUACUGAUCCUGGGAUCAUGGAUUGAGGAGUUCAGACGGAUUAGAGGAGAACUCUUUUUGACGAUUUACUAUCUUCAGUUAAAUGAAGACUAAUGGUCUCAUUGCAAUUUCUUGCAAAAUGAUGUAUCAUUCCAAAUUGGAAAAUUAAUUUUAAGUGCAGCAACU